GCCGGGCGUGCGAAGCCCGCGGCCGCGCGACACAGGGCGGGCGUCCAGCAGGUGACUCCAAGUGUCCACGGAACUCACGAUCUGAGGCUCCCCCGCCCGGAUCAACACCAAGGGACAAAGGACAGCCGGGAGCAGGGAGGUGGCGGAGGGCUUCCACGGUGGGCGAAACCUCGCCGCCUCGGGGUACGCAGGAAGUUUCCAGCAAACACCAGAUGGCGUCACUUGGAUCCUGAGCGUCCGCGAGUGGUUCCCAAGGUCUGACAAUGGCCAAGAACAAAUCAAAAGGGCAGAAGUCCAGGAAUGUAUUUCAUAUAGCCAGUCAAAAAAACUUCAAGGCCAAAAACAAAGCAAAACCAGUUACUACUAAUCUUAAAAAGAUAAACAUUAUGAAUGAUGAAAAAGUUAACAGAGUGAACAGAGCUUUUGUAAAUAUACAGAAGGAACUUGCAAACUUCUCAAAAAGCCUUUCUCUUAAAUCUGUGCAGAAAGAACUGGUUCCUCAGCAGCAGCACCAUGAAAAUGAAUCAGCUAAUGUUGACGAAGCUACAAGGUUAAUGGCACAGUUGUAAUAGUGAUGUAUCAAAUUCCCCCGAAAGAUCAAUAAAUUAAAUAUUUUAUACAACUUUA